AAUGCCGUUCGGUUCGGUUCGCUAGCCAGUGCGAGUCAGCGAGUUGUGCUUUUCCACCAGUUUUUCCCGACCGUGUGUGUGUGUGUGCGUGCGUAACCGCGUGUGUGCUGCCGGCUCGUGAAGCGAAGAGAACGUGCCCCGACGGUUAGCAAGGCCUGCUGAGCCGCGUUGGUGUUUUGGUGCGUGUUAGUAUCCAGCUAGUGUCCUGUCAGGUUCGUUCACGUCUUCCCGAGCGGUGUACAACCCGGAGCAACAACACCUGCUGCGUGCAAGUAGAAAAAAAAAGCGAAACAAGCACACCAUAGACACCAGUGCGCGCCUGUGUGUGUGCGUGUGUGUUAGUGCGUGGGUGAGUGUGUGUGUGUGUGUGUGGAUGUGUGGCUGAGUGCGCCACCCGCAAAGGGUGUGCAAAGAAGGGAGUAGUGACGGGGUGGUAACGCAAGAGUAGUGUAAAACGCGACUACCGCCAAGUUAGAGUGGUGCGUGCUGUUUGAUUCUUAUCCUGGUGGUGCAUAAAGCGAUAGUGCAAGUAAAAAAGAGAGAGAAAAAGAAAAAGAGAGAGAGAGAGAGAGCAAGAGCGUAAGCUCCUGUGGGUAGAAGGAAACGGGUGCAAUUACGGGCCAGAGAUAUACAGGUUGCGUUACUGAGGAAGCGUUACGCGCUAAGUGUUACUCCCAUCCAUUACUGUUUGCCACAGCCUACUUCGUGUGUGUUUGUGUGUGCGCGCGUUUGUGUUUCGGUGAGUGAAUUUGGCAAAAGUGUAAACGUGUGUUUUUCUUUGGUUGUGCCCCCAGCACACAGCGGACCAAAAAACCGACCCGUGGUAAACGAGAUGGCGGACGACGAUAACACGCUGGAGGAGAUCCCGGAGGCGGAGAACAAGAUGGCGCUCCGGAACCGUGGACGCAAGGGUGCGCUCAAGAAGAAGAACGUCUACAAUGUCAAGGAUCAUCGGUUCAUACCGCGCUUUUUCAAGCAGCCAACGUUCUGCUCCCACUGCAAGGACUUCAUUUGGGGCUUUGGCAAGCAAGGAUUCCAAUGUCAAGUUUGUUCCUUUGUCGUGCACAAAAGAUGUCACGAGUACGUUACCUUCAAGUGUCCGGGUGCGGAUAAGGGAGCCGAUUCCGAUGACACCCGUACCAAGCAUGAGUUUAAAGUGUGGACCUAUUCGAGUCCAACGUUUUGCGAUCACUGUGGUUCGCUGUUGUACGGUUUGAUCCACCAGGGGCUUAAGUGUACAGCAUGUGAUAUGAACGUACACAAACGGUGCGAGGAAAGCGUACCGAACCUCUGCGGAUGUGAUCAUACCGAGCGCCGAGGGCGUAUACAGCUCACGAUCACGUACUCGGCUGGCAAGCUCAACAUUGAAGUGAAACAGGGCCGUAACCUCAUUCCGAUGGAUCCCAACGGUUCCAGCGAUCCGUACGUCAAGAUCAAACUGAUCCCGGACGCGGACAAUGUGAAGAAGAAAACCAAAACCAUUCGCGCCUCGCUGAACCCGGUGUGGAACGAAACGCUUACAUUUGAUCUCAAGCCGGAAGAUAAGGAUCGUCGGCUGCUGAUCGAGGUGUGGGAUUGGGAUCGUACCUCGCGGAACGAUUUCAUGGGUUCGCUUUCGUUUGGCAUCUCGGAGAUCCUCAAGAACCCGGUCGAUGGAUGGUUCAAGCUGCUCACGCAGGAGGAAGGCGAGUACUACAACGUACCAGUGCCGGAAGAGGGUGCCGAUCUCGUGCAGCUCAAGAGCCAAAUGAGGAAAACAUCCAUCACGAAGAAGAUUCCGAUGAUGGGUGAUAAGGAUGUACCGCAUAACAUGACGAAGAAGGACGUCAUUCGGGCGACCGACUUCAACUUCCUGAUGGUACUCGGCAAAGGUUCGUUCGGUAAGGUGAUGCUGGCCGAGCGCAAGGGUACGGAUGAGCUGUACGCGAUCAAGAUACUGAAAAAGGACAUCAUCAUCCAGGACGAUGACGUCGAGUGCACGAUGGUGGAGAAGCGCGUGCUGGCACUGUCGAGUAAGCCACCAUUCUUGGUGCAGUUACAUUCCUGUUUCCAAACCAUGGAUCGUUUGUACUUCGUCAUGGAAUACGUCAACGGGGGUGAUCUCAUGUUCCAGAUUCAGCAGUGCGGCAAGUUCAAGGAGCCAGUUGCUGUGUUCUACGCAUCGGAGAUUGCCAUCGGAUUGUUCUAUUUGCACGCACGCGGCAUCGUGUAUCGCGAUCUGAAGCUGGAUAACGUGCUGCUGGACAUGGACGGCCACAUUAAGAUUGCGGAUUUCGGCAUGUGCAAGGAGGGCAUCAUGGGCGAUAAGACGACGAAAACGUUCUGCGGCACACCGGACUACAUCGCGCCGGAGAUCAUUCUGUACCAACCGUACGGCAAAUCGGUUGACUGGUGGGCCUACGGAGUGCUGCUGUACGAGAUGCUCGUCGGUCAGCCACCGUUCGACGGUGAGGAUGAGGAGGAACUGUUUGCGGCCAUCACGGAUCAUAACGUUUCGUACCCGAAGAGCUUGAGCAAGGAGGCCAAAGAUGUUUGCAAGGGGCUACUCACCAAGAACCCACAGAAACGCUUGGGCUGUGGUGCACGUGGUGAAGAGGACGUUCGUGCGCAUGCAUUCUUCCGUCGGAUCGAUUGGGAGAAGAUUGAAAAUCGCGAGGUGCAACCACCGUUCAAGCCAAAGAUUAAACAUCGUAAGGAUGUGUCGAACUUCGAUCGCCAGUUUACGUCCGAGAAGACAGAUCUGACACCGACCGAUAAGCUGUUCAUGAUGAAUCUGGACCAGACGGAGUUCAACGGCUUCUCGUAUCUCAACCCGGAGUUUGUGCAGUACGUCUAAGUUGCGCGGAAAUCCAGCAACCCCCGUUGGUGGCAGAUGCUCAAGCUUGCCAUUAUGUUGUGUGUAUGGGGUUUUUUUUUUAAAUUUGUUAGAAUGUUUUAAUUUGUUUUAAUUAUUUUAAUGUUACCCCAUUAUCUGUUGUUAUUUCGCGCUCAUCCAAAGAGAUUGUUAUGUUCUAAGUAGUAGAGUCACGUUUUUUUUUUUUAUGUAUCGCGGGUGGAGUUGUUGCAUUUGAGUUAAUGUUUGCCAGUAUUUUCUACCACUCCAUCACAAUUCGCCGCUAGUAUUGGUAGCAAACAAAAACCAACAAUGGGGAUAUUUUGUGCAAAAGUUUCAAUUGCCAUACGCUCUCUCACACCCAAAUCUCUAUCGUCUUCCCGUCGCGCGUGGGAAUUUUUUCCUGUUAUGUUGUUAGUAAGCGAUAAAUAGGCACCGCGAGCAUGGCUUGCAAUACGACUUAAGCCAGUGAAAACAACAACAACAAAAAAAACACAAGCCCUACAAAGCGGAUUAUGUUUCAAAAAAAAAGAAAGAA